AACCAAGUCAAUAAUAAUGUUGAUUGUUAUUCAGUUAUUCAUCACUCUUAACUUCCACCUCUGCCGACUAAUAGCCGAAUCUUUGCUGCCUAUUACCUUUAUUUACACACUGCAUGGGCAAAAGGAGAAGCACAACAGAACAACGGCUGGUGACGUGCACAGGUACCCGGGCCGUUUCCAGAGCAACGAGAGAGCGGCUGUUCAAGGGGGCGUGAUCGCGGAGGAAGGACUAGAGACAAUAAAAUGAGAGACCACUCGCCGGGAUGUAACGUCGAAGAUAGAGCCACCAAUUGGGUGAGCGGGUGGUAAUCGGGGCGUGUCAUCGGACUUACCUGGGAGCAGAGCGGACCUGGAAGGCAGGAACAAAAACCUUCGAGAUGAUGCUGAGGGACCGGGUAGAUCAAUGAACAAACAGGUGACGGAUGUUCCAGUGGAUUGUUGGGCAAAGUCAAGGCAAACACGACCCCUCAUAUACAUUAAGUUAAAGGACGGGUGUCAAAGCCACCUGAUGCACUAGCCUUGCUUCUUGGGAAAGAGGCUCCUGAGCAAACCAGACAGACUGUGCUGUCCUUCCGCGGCUUCUGCAGAUGUCAGGCAAGAUGGCUGCCGACUCGCCCGUGAGGACAGAGCAGGAGGAGCUGCAGAGGAGGGCCAACCAGGUAACAGAUGAGUCCCUGGAGAGUACCCGUCGUAUGAUGCAGCUAGUAGAGGAGAGCAAAGAUUCAGGAAUCCGGGCCCUGGUCAUGCUGGACGAACAAGGAGAGCAACUGGAGCGGAUUGAGGAGGGCCUGGACCAGAUCAACUCGGAUAUGAAGGAGGCUGAAAAGAACCUCACAGACCUGGGCAAAUGCUGCGGUCUGUGUUCCUGUGAUAAGCUGAAGGACUUUGAGGAGAGUGGUGCCUAUAAGAAGGUGUGGGGGAACAACCAGGAUGGGGUGGUGUCCGGCCAACCGUCCUCACGCGUGGUGGAUGAGAGAGAGCAGAUGAUCAUGAGCGGAGGCUACAUAAGCAAGGUGACAAAUGAUGCACGCGAAGAUGAGAUGGAGGAGAAUCUGGGACAUGUAGGCAGCAUUAUAGGCAACCUGAAGAGCAUGGCACUGGACAUGGGCAAUGAGAUCGACACGCAGAAUGUCCAGAUUGACCGCAUUCAGGGCAAGGCCAUUCUCAAUGUAUCCCGCAUCGAUGCUGCCAAUCAGAAAGCUAACAAUCUAAUGAAGAGAUAAAGAGGAAGAUUGUCAGUCUCUGCUGUGUGAUCUUAUCUACUCCCUGUCGUUCUGUGCCAAUAUGCGUUCAGUGACCGUUCACCCACAUAGAAAAUCUGCCAAAUGAUCGUGUAUGCCUUAUCCUAAAGUCUGAGCAGCAGGGUACACAUCAUUAUUCAUACCUGGCUCUACAUUAACCCACGCCUGUUUGCCAGUCUCUGUUCAGUUAUUACAUUCCACUCUUGGUACUCCAUGUCACAUGUCACAUGACAAAAAAAAGAGUACAAGAAGUGGAACGCUAGAGAGACUGGUACCCAGAUACCCAGCCUGUACCACACUGCUGCCAUCUGUUGGCUAGAUUUUCGAGAAACGAGAUACACAUCCCCUUCGCUCUUUCACCAUCCUCCCUCUGGUCCUCUUUCGAUGCCCGUCCUCUAUGGAGCAGGAUACCUGCCAUAAGAUUGAACGUACAGUACCCGUGAAAAGUUUGGACACACCUACUCAUUCAAGGGCUUUUCUUUAUUUUUUAAACUAUUUUCUACAUUGUAGAAUAAUAGUGAAGACAUCAAAACUAUGAAAUAACACAUAUGGAAUCAUGUAGUAACCAGAGAUUCUUCAAAGUAGCCACCCUUUGCCGUGAUGACCGCUUUGCACACUCUUGGCAUUCUCCUCACCAGUUUCAUGAGGAAAAUGCUUUUCCAACAGUCGUGAAGGAGUUCCCACACUUGUUGGCUGCUUUUCCUUCACUCGGUCCAACUCAUCCCAAACCAUCUCAAUUGGAUUGAGGUCAGGUGAUUGUGGAGGCCAGGUCAUCUGAUGUAGCACUACAUCACUCUCCUUCUUGGUGAAAUAGCCCUUACACAGCCUGGAGGUGUGUUGGGUCAAAUGAUAGUCCCACUAAGUGCAAACCAGAUGGGAUGGCGUAUAACUGCAGAAUACUGUGGUAGCUAUGCUGGUUAACUGUGCCUAGAAUUCUAAAUAAAUCACACACCAUCACACCUCCUCCAUGCUUCACGGUGGGAACCACAUGUAGAGAUCAUCCUCUCACCUACUCCGCGUCUCACAAAGACACGGUGGUUGGAACCAAAAAUCUCAAAUUUGGACUCAUCAGACCAAAUGACAGAUUUCCACCAGUCUAAUGUCCAUUGCUAGUGUUUCUUGGCCCAAACAAGUCUCUUAUUCUUAUUGGUGUCCUUUAGUAGUGGUUUCUUUGCAGCAAUUCGACCAUGAAGGCCUGAUUCACCCAGUCUCCUCUGAACAGUUGAUGUUGAUAUGUGUCUGUUACUUGAACUCUGUGAAGCAUUUAUUUGGGCUGCAAUUUCUGAGGCUGGUGACUCAAAUGAACUUAUUCUCUGCAGCAGAGAUAACUCUGGGUCUUACUUUCCUGUGGCUGUCCUCAUGAGAGCCAGUUUCGUCAUAGCGCUUGAUGGUUUUUGCGACCGCACUUGAAGAAACUUUCAAACUUUCUUGAAAUUUUCUGUAUUGACUGACCAUGUCUUAAAGUAAUGAUGGACUGUUGUUUCUCUUUGAUUAUUUGAGCUGUUCUUGCCAUAAUAUGGACUUGGUCUUUUGCAAAAUAGGGCUAUCUUCUGUUUACCACCCCUACCUUGUCACAACACAACUGAUUGGCUCAAACGCAUUAAGAAGGAAAGAAAUUCCACAAAUUGACAUUUGUCAAGGCACACAUAUUCAUUGAAAUGCAUUCCACCUCAUGAACUUGGUUGACAGAAUUCCAAGAGUGUGCAAUGCUGUCAUCAAGGCAAAGGAUGGCUACUUUGAAGAAUCAAAUAUAUAUUUUGAUUUGUUUAACACUUUUUUGGUUACUACAUGAUUCCAUGUGUUAUUUCAUAGUUUUGAUUUCUUCACUAUUAUUCUACAAUGUAGAAAAUAGUUUUAAAAAAUAAAGAAAAAACCUUGAAUGAGUACGUGUGUCCAAACUUUUGACUGGUACUGCACGUAUCGUUACAAUCGUAAGAAAAUCCAUACGUAAAUUGUUAGGAUCGUAAGAAAAGCCAUGCGUGAAACAAAAGUUAAUCUGCGCACAUAGAAAGCACCAUGUUACGAUUACGGACUAACAUUUUAAGCUUGAACAAAUCUUGUGUUGCAAUUCUGACAUACAAUAAUACCUUUCACAGUUUUGGCAGUUUCAUCUCACCAACAAAAAAACGUACAGCAAACGUCCUGUGAGGAGUGUUACCCGAACAAGCACAACACAGUAUAUACAAAAUAGAAGUCAGGGAAACCGGAAAGGGGUAUCCUGCACAUUUUCAAUUUAAGUCUCCAUUUUCUAUUUCUCCUCAGUUGAAUUUACUUCACAUUUAGGUAGCUAAUGUAAUGGUUUGUUUGCCAGUGCAAGUCUAGAUAGCACUAGCUGAAAUAUGCCUACAACAGUGACGUUUCAGUCCGCUAGGUGCAUCUCUACUGCAUGGACAUAUCUCUGGGUGACGUGGACAUCCCCAUGCAUGCACCUUAUCAAAAUAUGACUAAUUCAAUAUUGCACCAUUCCACUCACUGGGCUCUGUCUGCAAUCAUAAUCAGUAAUAUAUACCAGUGGUGUAAAGUACUUAAGUAAAAAUACUUUAAGGUACUACUUAAGUAGUUUUGUGUGGUAUCUGUACUUCACUUUAUUAUUUAUAUUCUUGAGAACUUUUACUUCACUACAUUCCUAAAGAAAAUGAUGUACUUUUUACUCCAUACAUUUUACCUGACACUCAAAAGUACUCGUUACACUUAUCAAGAGAACAUCCCUGGUCACCUCUACUGCCUCUGAUCUGGCCAGACUCUCU